AUGCCAGACUUUAACGCGCACGGCCUCGACCCGGCCUGGGGCGAGCCGCCAACAGAGAAGGUGCAGGAGUUUUUCGACAACCUGUCGGAGAACUAUGUCUGUGAUGAGCCGCUGCUCAUCCGCGACACCAGCAAGGAGGAGCUGGACUACAUCGCCACCAGGGAAGCGCUUGCCAAGGAGGCCGACUUGGGCGAAGAGUCGUCCGCCGAGGAGGCCGAGGCGGACGACCCCCCGGCCGCGGGGAGGAAGCGCGUCCUGUGGCGGGCCAGCUCCGGCGUGCCGGUCCGGCUCGGCAGGACCACGCAGCAGCAACCGGCUCACGAGCAGCUCGUGCGCCAGACGAGGGGGAUGAAGGCCACGCCAGUGAAGGAGACGGUGAAGGCCGCAGUGGCGAAGAAGACAGUGACUGCCUCCUCCUCGUCCAAGUGGCGCCGGACCCCAUCCCCUUCUCCUCCUCCUUCGGACAGCGCCUUGGAGGCCGAGCACGACCUUGGGUCCUUCAGCCCAAAGACGAAGAUGAGGCAAGAGGCGGAGGACGAGGACAUGGAGACGCUGGCUCUGAGGGUGGCGAAGAGGGCCAGGAUGUCGAUGGGCAGUAAGCCCCCAGCGAGCACUUCGCAUACGCCGGAGUUAGUGGAGAUCAGCCCGGACAACAGCCCCCGGCGCAGCCCCCGCUUCAGCCCCCAGCGGACGGCGGGCACCAGGGCGCCGACUGAGGGGGAGGUGUUCGACGACGAGGCGCUCUCCAUCGCCAGGCUCCAGGUUGUCGACGAACCGUGCCCCGGCGACAGCGGUUCCCAAGAGGAGCAACUUCUCCGGGCCAUGGGCGCCAACUUUCAAAAACUCCAGGCGCUCCACCGUGCCCGCUUGGACAAGGCGAAAUCGAGGUUGGCGGCCGUGGACAAGGAGGAGGCGGAUCUUGAGGAGCGUGUCGCGCAGACACAAGCAUGGUUCUGCGAGGCUCGGGAAGGACUGAAGGCUGCCCAGGACGAGCUGGCCGAGCGCAAAUGGGAGCUCAUCCUAAAGCAGGCUGACGAGGAGGACCUGGCCGCCCGUGAGGAAGCGCUCACCACCACGCUCCGCGGCAAGGACGAGGAGGUUGAGAAGCUCGUCGCGCAGCGGACCCAGCGGCUGGAGCAGAAGCAUAAGGAUGCACUCCACGCUCUGGCCCUGGACCACGCCGGCAAGGUGAAGGAGCUGGAGGUGGAGCUGGAUGGGCUGAAGAAAGAGGUCUUGGAGUUGAAGGAGGAGAAGGAGACGGCCAACGGCGCUUUGGCUGAUGCGGAGGCCCUGAAGCUGGAGGGCUUGGAGGGGAAGCUUUCGGAGGCCGGGGCUCGCGAGGAGACCCUGAACAAGGACCCAGAGGAGGAGAAACGGCUGCGGAGGGACGGCGCCGCCGAGUACGAGGAGUACGCGAAGGGCGUGAACCUCUGGAUCGGCCGCCGCAUCGACGUCGCAGGGAGACUCACGGCCUAG